CGUCCUGGGCCGCGCAAGCCAGUAAUCAACCUUUUGAGUCAACAACCCCAACGAUUCCAGCCGAAAACCAAUGCCCAUUCCAUUGUACCCUGUCCCGACCAAGAACUGAAUCCUACAUCGCUGAACUCGACCAUGGCGACACCUCCGGCGGUGGAGGACCAGGCGCGGCUGCUUGAGGAUGCCUUGACGGUGGUGAGGCAGCAGACGCACUUGAUGCGCAAGUGCUUGGAGACGCCGGGGAAGCUUAUGGAUGCGUUGAAGUGCAGCUCGACCUUGGUAUCAGAGCUUCGAACGAGCAGUCUCGGCCCCAAACAAUACUAUGAGCUAUAUAUGUCCGUAUUUGAUGCUCUCCGACAUCUGUCGGUGUACCUCCGCGAAUCGCACCCCGUCAACCAUCUGGCCGACUUAUACGAGCUCGUCCAAUAUGCUGGGAACAUCGUGCCCCGGCUCUACCUGAUGAUUACCGUGGGAACCGUGUACAUGGCCAUUGAAGAUGCACCGGUGAAGGAGAUCAUGAAGGAUAUGAUGGAGAUGAGCCGAGGGGUCCAGCACCCGAUCCGCGGCCUCUUCCUGCGCUACUACUUGUCCGGACAAGCCCGCGACCAUCUGCCCACGGGCAAUGGAGACGGACCGGAGGGGAACCUGCAGGACUCGAUCAGCUUUAUCCUGACGAAUUUCGUGGAGAUGAACAAGCUCUGGGUGCGUCUGCAGCACCAGGGCCAUUCGAGGGAGCGGGAGCAAAGAACGAAGGAGCGACAGGAGCUUCAAUUGCUGGUUGGCAGCAAUCUUGUGCGGCUGAGCCAGCUGGUCGACCUGGAGGCAUACAAAAACGUUAUUUUGCAGCCUCUUCUGGAACAGGUUGUCCAAUGUCGUGAUGUGCUUGCUCAGGAGUACCUGCUCGAGGUCAUCACGCAGGUCUUCCCGGACGAGUUUCACCUUCAUACCCUGGAUCAGUUUUUAGCGGCUGUUUCGAGACUCAAUCCUCAUGUCAAUGUCAAGGCGAUUGUGAUUGGGCUCAUGGAUAGGCUGUCUGCGUUUGCGGCGAGGGAAACAGAGCCGGAACCAUUGGAGGAGCGGAAAAAGACUGAGGAGGAGGCCCUCGUUAAGCUUUUGGAAGAUGUACGCCUAAGCAGUGAGAAGAAGAAAAAAGAAGUGGAGGCUGCUUCCGCGGCUGAGGGCGGAGACGAUAAAAAGAGCGAGCCAGAGGAAAGCACUGACGAGCUUCCGAAAUAUGAAGGAGGUGCUGAGGCCUUAGAGGACAAGAAAGAAGAGCCCGCUGCACCAGAGCCAAAGGAUGAGCCUGCUAAUAGCGAAGAUGAGGCUUCCUCGGCGAAGAAGAGUAGAGGCAUCCUGGAUAACAUCAAGUUAUACGAGAUAUUCUUCGAUCAGGUCAUGAACUUGGUCACGGCUCAACACCUUCCAAUACAAGACACGACGGCAUUGCUGGUCUCCUUGGCCAACUUAGCUAUAAAUAUUUAUCCGGAGCGAUUAGAUUAUGUCGAUAAGAUCCUCGACUACGCAAACCACAAGUGCCAGCAGCACGCGAACAGCCCCGAACUGCACUCGCAGGCCACCCAAACAAACAUCCUGAGCCUUCUCCAGGCCCCUCUACAGAGUUACGCAUCGAUAUUCACAGCGCUUUCUUUGCCCCAAUAUAUACCCCUUAUCAACUCGCAAACCUACCCUACACGGCGCGCUAUUGCUGGUGAAGUGGCUAAGACCCUCCUGAAAACUUACACCAAGACGUCCACAGUGUCAGGAUUAGAAAGCGUACUGGAGAUCUUGAAGGUGUUGAUCAAGGAGGGCUCACAACCGCCAGCAGGCUAUCCAGGUGUCCAGCAAAGAAGGGUCGUAGAGACAGACGAGACCAUCGAGGAGCAAGGGUGGCUGGCUAGAAUUGUUCAUUUGAUCCACAGCGACGACAACGAUACGCAAUUUAAGCUUCUUCAAGCAACUAAGAAGGCCUACUCAGAGGGCAACGAGCGCAUCAAGUUCACAACCCCAGCCCUUAUCACCAGCGCCAUCAAGCUCGCCAACUGCUACAAGGCUCGCGAGCACUACGACGACAACUGGUCGACGCAAUCCUCCUCGCUAUACAAGUACAUGCACUCCUCACUUUCAACGCUGUACACACGCGUCAACGGCGCCGCCGACCUAUGUCUGCGCCAAUUCGUCGCCUGCGGUCAGAUUGCCGACCAGAAUGGUUUCGAGGAGGUGAGCUACGAGUUCUUCGCUCAGGCCUUCACCAUCUACGAGGAGGCUGUCAGCGACUCGCGCGCCCAGUUCCAGGCCGUCUGUAUCAUUGCGGGUGCGCUGCACGAGACGCGUAACUUCAGCAAGGAGAACUACGAUACCCUCAUCACUAAGUGCGCGCUUCAUGGCAGCAAGCUGCUCAAGAAGCCGGAUCAGUGCCGCGCAGUGUAUUUGGCGAGUCACUUGUGGUGGGCUGUGCCGAUCGCUGCGAAGGGUGAGGAAGACGAGAAAGGGCUUUACCGUGAUGGCAAGCGCGUGUUGGAAUGUCUCCAGCGCGCCCUUCGCGUCGCAGAUGCCUGCAUGGACACCGCGGUGUCAGUUGAGCUCUUUGUCGAGAUCCUGAACCGCUACGUCUACUACUUCGACCAGCAGAACGAAGCCGUGACUAUCAAGUACAUCAACGGCCUCAUCGAGCUCAUCCACUCCAAUCUCCAGACCAACCAGGACGCGGCUACGAUUGAGGGCCCGAGGAGGCACUUUGAGCGCACCCUGGAGUAUAUCGCUUCAAGAGAGUACGAGGGCGUCGUGAUGACGGCUGCGAAGUGAGAAUGCUGUGUGCAAUUCCGGGGCGGGAUGUGCGACGAAUUUAGUGAAAAGUGAGGGGUACGGACUCCCUGGCUAAGAGAGGUAGUAUGUUUGAAAGGGGUGUGUGAGUGAGCAGAGCAGUCGAGCGGUGGGGGUGGUGGUAGCGAGCGCUUUGUGGAGUAUCUGUACAUUUUCUGGGGCGAGAUAGAUAAUAUGACAUGACAUUUGACCUUUCCCGCUACAUAUUUCAGAGGUAGAGAAAAUAUUUCUCAACAGAUUUUCGACAGCACCAGAUGCGAACAGGACAACCAAAAAGACCAGACGAAUAAUCACG